UUAACGUGCCUCGUUGGAGAACCCACGCACGCGACCUCUUUCUCGCUGGUUUCAUCUCCUCCGCCCCCACGCCCCUCGUCCCCUCCGCUGUUGCUCUGCCGCCGCCACCGCCGCCUAUUCCUCCGCCAAAUCCACCGCACGAGGGCUAGCCUGCCCACGCCUCCACCUCGCGCCUCGUCGCCAUGGUCACCGCCCCCGCCGCCGGCGAGGCAACCCCGCUGGAUCUUCCCCUCCACCCACCCUGGUUUGGCGUCCGGAGAUGUGGAACGGGACGUCCAUGAGGUGGGGCUACCUUCACCUCCGCCCCACCCUUCCAUGGGGCUCGCUGAGCUGCCAGCCGACCGUGAUGGAUGCGGUGGCGAGGACGACAGGCAGCCCCCCCGGUGAGGAAGCUGUGCAAGCAAGAGCCGCACUUGUGCAAUUUCAAGGCAUUCCUCUUCUUCACCAGGUUUGACCAAAGGAUGGCUGUGUUUGCUGAAACAAAGUUGCAAAGAGAUGGCAUCGAGUUGAGUACAGGAUUCAGAGUGAUAAAGGAUCGGAGGACGAACCUGUCAUACUCGCAGCACGCGUCGCUGGUGUACAUGCCGGUGCCGACCAAGAAGAUUUCGUAUGCUCCAGGAGGAGCAGGUGGUGUACGAGGCAGCCAGUUGCAAUGGAGGAGGAUGAGAUCCACGGGGAGGGCUUCCUGGAGAUAUCACAACAUCUCCAAAUGUUACAACAAGGAGAAGAAAAGUUUGGUGCUGAACAAUAUGAGAAAGCUGCUGCUGGAGGUGGUGGAUUCGAGGGCGGUUUUGAAAAUCCUAUUGAGGAUAUUUUCGGUUCUCUUAUGACCGUACUGGCAGAAUGAAUGAUGUAUGCCAUCUAUUCUGACUUGUUAAUCUUGUCUACUGCUACAGCAAUGGAUAAAUUUGUCGGGUUUCCCCUGUUGGUUACAUUUUCAUUGCUCUACUGUAUGGAAAGCUGUUAAAACUAAAGAAUGGCAACCUGUGGUUACUUCAUACCAUGGAUUUGGUACAACACUGGAUCUAUUUUAUUAAUCCAUCUGAAUAAGCAGAACUAGACCCCAUGGCAAUUAAAAUGUUGGUUUAGAAUAUAUAGUGGCUUAUAUUAUUUGCAUAUAGAAUAAUUUUUUGUGGGCUAUAUGGAGCAUCAGUUUAGCACAUUUAACAUUUGUUGUUACUAGGAAUGCAUAUAGUUAGUUACUAUUACCUUAUAUAGACUUGCAAUUGCCUCAUCUCACAAAAUUGCAUGUUACUAUACGCAUCUCAAAUAAUUCUUUUCGGAGGUCAAUGACAAGAGGUGAAUGGUAUAUUGGUAUUGUACAGAGUCUUCAAUCCAAAGGUAUAAAAAUAAUGCAGUGCCAUAAAAAUUUCUACUUGUUAUAGUGCAGUUUUGACUAUGUCAAAAAGGUGUGGGUGCACAUCAUUUACAUUGGUCUAUCAUACAAAAAUGCAGGGUAAUGCUUGCUGGAUAUAUGGACUGCCACAACCCACAGGUAUUACAUUUUAGAUGUGGUUUUUAAUAUCUUUUCUUUUCUGCUAUUCUUAUGAUGCUGGACUGAUUCAACUCCAUUAUGCACAAAUUAAUUCCUUACUUGCACCCUUCAUUCAGAAAUCAGGUUCUAUAGUUACUGAGAAAGAGUAUAUACAUCACCAACUCAUUUUCAGUUGGACAUUUCAUUUUUCAGAAUUAUUGUUUGUUUAAUAAUGCUGCAGGUUUCCCAUCGACAGAUUCCAGUUGGUGUUACAAAGGAUAUAUGCUCAUUGUAUUUGUUGAUGUUGAAGCAUCAGUGAGAUCACAUGAAUGCGGAAUCAGGGUGCUUAUGAGAUCACAUGAAUGAGGUAUUACACCCGCUCCAAAAGUUUCUCAAAUAUACUCUAAAUUUGUUGUAUGUAUGAUGUUUCCGUUGUUCAUUUCUGUUAUUUUUAUUUUUAAUCCUAAUAAGAAUACAAGCAGUGCCCAUAUUCUUGUGUUGUAUACAAAGUGCCCAUAUUCUUGUGCUAUUAUGACAAAUUCUUUAGACACAUAGAAGUCACAUCUGGUUUACAACAUAUCUAUCAUUAUGAAAUUAUAUUAAUACUAUACAUCUUAUCCGUCAGUCACUCUUCGUAAUCCAAAGGAACUUCUAGCCCGGAAUCCAACUGAAACUAAAUAAUAAUAAAAUUUCAGAAAAAGUUUGUUGUGUAUGCAUGGAAAUACACUAUGAAUCUCCAAAUGUUCAGUGGUAAAAUCUUGCAAGAUGAAGAAGGUAGUUCUUUUUUUAAUGGUAAAGCAUGUAUUGGAUGAUAGAGUGAUAGCAUUUCAACCUCAGUGUUGCAUAUUACCAUAAGGAUUUAGUUAAGGUCAGACCUUUGCUUUAAUAGUUUCUUCUAAACUGGACACAAACCCCAUACCAUAUCUUUGAGACGGAGUUGGUUCGCACUUGUAUUGCUGGAGGGCCUCGACGCGCCUCUGUGAAGCCAUUUUCAUGCAGGUUCACACAUAUUUGUCUUCCACAUAUAGAAAACUAACAGACGUUAGCAUCAGGUUAUUUGUUUUCUUUUGUAAAAGGUAUGGAAGCUUUAGUCUAAUUAACAAACGGAAGCUUUACUGAGCAAGACAGAAAAAUAAAUAAAAUUACGACAUGAAUUGAAUCAACAUUUUAAAUGCCAGCCAGAUCAAAAGAAAAAUAUUUUUUUUUUACAUAAUACUUGUUAGAAUUAUAGAAAAAAAUGAAGUCCUCCCUGAUGCUGGAUAGAACCUUCUCCAGCUCCUGUUUAGUAGGGCACCAACUACUUUGUUGUAUGCAAAAACAUGAUGAGGUCCAUCGGCUCCUGAACCAAGUAGGGAAAUAGUUCCAAAAGAUAGACCGCCUUAAAUAAGUGCAUUUUUUGAUUAUUUCAUGAAGCAGAGAGUAUUUUAAUAAGCCGUACGGUACUAAUUAUUUCCUAUGUUGCGAAGUAUAAAGAUAGGGCCUCAAAAUUUCAGUACUACUAUCAUUAUCUUGGAUCAGAUGAUGUUGGUUUUGUUAUUCUACAUGCCCUUUUGUAGUGCGUGAGGGACACAACUAUGGUGCUCUUUAGAUUGAGAAUGUCAAAGCCGGCUUGUGCAGAUUAUUUCGAAAGAGACAGCGGUUGCUAUGGUUUGUAUAUUCAAAAGGAAAAUGUAUCUGUUCAAGGCAGUGAGGUAUGUCCCAUGUUUACUCAUACACACAACCUGUCUUGUACUUCCUGGUGGCAAUACAUUAUUUGAUAUCAUCUCUGUCUAUUAUUAUUCGGGUUGAUGUAUUGGUUCUGUUUAUCUCUAUUAUUAGAAAGUACUUGCAGCAGUGUCUUUCGGCUAUAGCUAAGGAAGAAAUAUUCUGACAUUUGUAGCUUCUAAAUGUAUUGUAGCACAUUUGGAUAAAUUCUUCAUUAUCAUAACAAAUGUGAUGAUGCAGGUCUACAGACAGUUCUGAAAUAAGCACUAGAAAAUAUGUUUGUGUGCGAUGACCAUAUAAAUAAAUAUGGUCUAUCUCCAGUCUGAGUAAUAGUGCUCAGACAAGUCAAAUUCUAUAUUUUAGAUUAGUGGUACAUAUUGUCGUCUUAGUGAUACCUUCAAUUGGAGCGUUGUAUAUGACGGUAAACAACCAGUUCUGCAAUCCACUUUUAUUCAUGCAAUUAUUUUUUGGAGCAUUAUAUAUUGCUUCCUGCAUCUAUACUUUUAUCAUAUACUCCCUCCGUCUCGAAUUAGCUGUUGCAGAAAUGGAUAAAAAUGGAUGUAUAUAACUAAAAUACGUCUAGAUACAUCUAUUUCUGCAACAAGUAAUUUCGGACGGAGAGAAUAUAUGUGUGAGCAAGCAGAUAGACGAGGAGGCCGAGCCAUCCGCGAGGGCGUCGACAUCAUCUUGCCCCUUGCCUUGUGGGGCGGAGGAUGAGGAGGCAGGGAAGUCCACACCGCCGCCGUCGUCAUUCUCGCCUUCGAGCGAAAGCGGGUGUUGAACGUGCUUGACCGAGGGUGUCGUGAGCAACCUGAUCGUUUAUGUAACCUAAGACUAAUGCCUGUUGCACCACAUGCGCCCGUUGAUAUCUAUGAUCUAUGAUGUCAGCUGCUUUUCUCUUAGAGACGAUCCAUUUUCUGAAUAUGUUGCAUUUGUAAUACUUUUUCUAAUAAUUCCGGUCAGUUACUUGCACAUACA